AUGGGAUCGUUUAAUAAAUUUGUAUCUGAUUAUUGUAAAGCAUGGGAAAAGUCUGGACGGGAGCAAUUUUUAAAAGCAAUAACCCAGUUUAUAAAGGAUGAAGCAAAGAGUCCAUUGUUUUCCAAGUCAAACAAGCUAUCAGGAUUGUCACAAACGAUCUAUGAUCUUUUACUUUGUGGACUUCGUGGUGCCUUGAAAAAGGAUUCCGUAAUAUCUGUGUUGAAAGAUAUUGUUGGCCUACAUGCAGACAUACCAUCAAUAUUACUUGAUGUAGUUUGUGUGUUAGAUUCAGAAACAUCCCUCGAUGUCCAGAAUGAAGAGAGAAGUAAUUUUUGUUAUUUAGUUAGGGAGUUGGAGUCAUUUAUAUCAGAUAAACUCUUGAAGGAGCGUCUAGAGAUUGACACCCUACAAGAUGUUGGUACAUUGAAGAAUAAGAAUUUUUAUACUAAGUUUAUUAAAAUCAAAACUAAACUAUAUUAUAAGCAGCAUAAGUUCAACCUUUUUAGAGAAGAAAGUGAAGGCUAUUCAAAACUAAUAGUUGAAUUAAACCAAGAAAUAUCGGACGAAACAGAUUGGAAGACAAUGUUAGAAAUCAUUCAGUCUCUUAUAGGUUGUUUCAACUUAGACCCAAACAGAGUGUUAGAUAUAAUUUUAGAAUCAUUUGAAGCUCGACCUCAUUUAGACAAACUAUUUAUUUCAUUAAUAAAAAAUUACAUGGGCGAUGCUCAAGUGAUUUGUGAAGUAUUAGGAUUUAAGCUCGGCGAUAUGGAAGUUUUAGACAAUUGUAAGAGCCCACCAUCGUUAAUGACUGUCAUUGCACUGCUUUUACAACAUGAAGUUAUAUCUUUAGACGAUAUUUAUCCCUGGCUACGUCCAGAUGAUUCAGUCAUGGCCAAGGAAGCUGAUAAAGAACUUAAAGCAGUGCAAGAUUAUAUUCGUAGACUGAAUAUUGUAUCUACAAAAGGACCACAGAGUAAUGCACCCACAGAGUUUAUCGAAGAAAAAGCUGAUCCACAGGAAUAUUGGAGUAAUCAGAAAUUAGUGCUCUGCGAAGAGCUCUUAAAUGUCAGGGCAUGGAAGGAAUUUUCAGCACUUUUUUCAAGAUUGUCUGUUACUUGCGUACCCCAAAGACCUGCGGUUGCUUUAUGCAGCAUGCUUCAUGCUUUGAUGGAACCUUUAUAUAGAAUACAUUGUCGAGUAGCUCCUAAAAUAAUAGGAAAGCCUAUACCUCCUUUGAAGUCUCCGCUGGCCCCACCUGCGUGUAAGACUUUUGAAGAUAUGAAGGAAACUGUUAUACCUGCUCUCAUAAUUUUGGGUCCAUCUCUUCAUUAUGAUCCUAUUUUAAUGUACAAAAUAAUUCGUGUUUUGAGAACAGCUAGAUCUCUGAAAGAAGAUCCAUUGCACCAUGAAGCGCUAACAGUGCUAGAUACAGCGAUAUUACCAGCAUUAAGUUUAAUGGAGGGAAAUUGUUGUAUGGCUGAAGAAGUUUACACCUUGCUCAAGCUAUACCCUUAUCAAUGCAGAUAUUGUUUAUACGCGAGAUGGAAAAACGAAUCCGGUGAGAAGAUUCCGUCACUGAUGCGUGUUAGAGGGAAUUCAUUGCAGCGUAUAAAACAUAUUAUGAAAAGAGUUUCCAAGGAGAAUAUUAAACCACAAGGACGUCUAAUAGGCAAGCUGUCUCACGCUGCACCGGCUUUUCUGUUUGAUUACAUGCUGUUACAAAUCCAAACCUAUGACAAUCUCAUUGGUCCAGUGGUUGAAUCUCUGAAGUAUUUAACAUCACUUUCCUUGGAUAUUCUUGGCUAUUGUCUGGUUGAAGCGCUUGCAGCUCGUAAGGGUACCGUAGGAGCAGCACAUCCACCAGCGCUUCAAGCGCUCGCAGCAUUCGCUGCAGCGGCUUUUAAGAAACAUAAUAUAGAAUUGACAGCACUGCUGCAAUUUGUUGCUAAUAGGCUUAAAGCGCAGCAGAGUCACGAUCUUCUGAUUCUGAAGGAAAUAGUACAAAAAAUGGCGGGAAUAGAAGCCGCUGAAGAAAUGACUCCGGAACAACUCGAUGCUAUGGCCGGCGGAGAGUUAUUGAAGGGAGAGGCUGGUUAUUUCUCUCAAGUACGUAACACGCGAAGAUCAUCGGCCAGAUUGAAGGAGGCUGUGGUCGGAAAUAAUUUGGAUAUUGCUCUAUGUAUACUAUCCGCACAGCAGAGACAUUGUUGUGUAUGGAAAGAAUAUGCUGAAGAUAGUCCAUCAAGUGGUGAGCCGCCCGGGUCUCAACUUAAAGUUGUCGGUCGACUGGCAGAUCAAUGUCAAGACGCGUUGGUACAAUUGGGUACCUUCCUUGCAUCCUCGCACGCGCCUGAUGAAUACGCCGCUAGACUACCACUUCUACAAGAACUACUUCGAGACUAUCACGUAGACGCUGACGUGGCAUUUUUCCUUCACCGUCCGGUUCUGAGUCAAAAAAUAGCAGCCAAGGCUGAAGCUUUACGAAAAAGCUCUGACAGCAAAAGCGAAUCAUUAGAAAAAAGUAUAGAAAGAUACAACAUAGCUUCUAAAGAGGCGUUGGAACCUAUCGUGACGUCAAUAACGCCCCUACUACCGUCCAGGGUCUGGGAGGAUAUAUCACCCGAGUUCUAUGUGACUUUCUGGUCUUUGUCCAUGUACGACCUUCGUGUGCCCGUAGAGAGUUAUGAGAGGGAAAUAGAUCGCUUGAAAACAGCCGCUGCUAAUGUAGCCAAAGACAGCUCGCAAGGUACCAAAGGAAAAAAGGAACAAGAACGAUUUAACACUCUCAUUGAUAAGUUGCAAGAAGAGCGCCGUCGUCAAGAAGAACACGUAGCGCGAGUCCGCGGUCGUCUGCAGCGUGAAUGUGUCGCUUGGUUCCCGGCUCGUGCAGCUAAAUCAGCUAAAAACGAGACUGUAACGAGAUUGAUGCAACUCUGCAUCUUCCCUCGCUGCAUAUUCACGGCCCCGGAUGCGUUGUACUGCGCUGAAUUCGUUCAUACGGUCCAUGCUCUCAAAACGCCUAAUUUCUCAACGCUUCUAUGCUAUGAUCGGUUGUUCUGCGACAUUACUUAUUCCGUGAUGUCGUGUACGGAGGGCGAAGCAGCUCGCUACGGGCAGUUCCUUUGCCGCGUGAUGAGGACGGCGAUGCGCUGGCACCGCGACCGUACAGCCUUCCACGAGGAAUGCGCGCAUUACCCUGGCUUCGUCACCAAGUAUAGAGUCUCAAAUCAAUUCACUGAGGCUAAUGAUCACGUCGGAUAUGAAAAUUACCGGCAUGUGUGUCAUAAAUGGCACUACAAAAUCACUAAAGCAAUGGUAGUAUGUUUGGAUUCCGGGGACUAUGUGCAAAUAAGGAACGCGCUCAUUGUACUAAUACGAGUGUUACCACACUUCCCUGUGUUGGAAAAAUUAGCACAGAUCAUUGAGAAGAAAGUUGAAAAGGUCAAAGAAGAAGAAAAAACUCAGCGACAGGAUCUAUAUGUAUUGGCUACGGGUUACAGCGGACAGCUGAGGAAUAAGGUGCCUCAUAUGAUGAAAGAGAGUGACUUCCAUCAGAUCGUUCAUCUGACGACCGGGGAAGUUAAACCCAGGGAACAGACUACAGACGCGCCCGCACCAGACAACGAGAAAAAGGAAUCCCGAACAAGCGACAGACGACGCGAUGAAAAUGAUCGUGAGAAGGAGAUUAAGCGUGAAUCACGUUCAAACGCUAAGGAGAGAAACAAAGAAGAUAGCAGGACUAAAGAUAGAUCGCCGAGGGAGAGGUCGCAUAGAGAGGAGCGUUACUUGGAGACGGUCUCACCGCCUCAUGAUCAUCGUCAUGCACCAGAUGACAUAGAUCGUGAUGUGAAACGUCGUAAAGUCGAAACCAGCGGUAAUUGCAAGGGCAAGGAAAUUGAAGAACGUUCCCCCGAAAAGGAGAAAAGGAAAACUAAAUUGAGAGGAGACGAACGGAAAGAACGUAAGAUGAGCCGCAAAAGGGACCGAGCUGAAGAAACAGCUUUACUAGAACAAAAAAGACGCCGAGACGAACAAAAAGCUGUAGCUAAAAUGAGCAGCCAUCAAAACGGAUCUCAAGAGGAUCACCACUACGAGAAAUAUCACAAACGAGAAAAAUCGCCAUUCAGAGAUCGAUCCCACGAAGAGUCCAGAGACAAACAAUAUCCUUUUAAAUAUAUAAAACCUUUUUUUUAA